AUGGGGUGGGGAAGGGCGGCGUACGAAGGAGUGGUGGCGGUGGGGUCGUUGCUGUUGCUGGGUUGGGGCGGCCUUUGGUUUUUGAACCGGCGGCUUUACAAGGAGUAUGAAGAGAAGCGGGUCUUGGUUCAGAUCAUAUUCAGCGUUGUCUUUGCCUUCUCCUGCAAUCUCUUCCAGCUUGUCCUCUUCGAGAUUAUUCCUAUUCUGUCAAAAGAGGCAAGAUGGAUGAAUUGGAAGGUGGAUUUGUUUUGUCUAAUAAUGUUACUCGUUUUCAUGCUGCCAUAUUAUCAUUGCUAUCUGAUGCUUUGUAACAGUGGUAUUAGAAAAGAACGUGCUUCACUUGGUGCUAUUUUAUUCUUGUUGGCCUUUCUUUAUGGUUUCUGGAGAAUGGGUGUUCACUUUCCUAUGCCAUCUCCAGAUAAAGGAUUCUUCACCAUCCCUCAGCUUGUGAGCAGAAUUGGGGUCAUUGGUGUCACAGUUAUGGCUGUACUGUCUGGGUUUGGAGCAGUAAAUUUGCCAUACAGCUAUCUGUCCCUCUUUAUACGAGAAAUUGAGGAAACAGAAAUUAAGGCACUGGAAAGGCAGUUAAUGCAGUCAAUCGAGACGUGCAUUUCCAAGAAAAAGAAGAUUAUUCUCUGUCAAAUGGAGAUGGAGCGAAAACAAGGCUCGGAAGAGAAAUUAAACAAUAGGUCCUUUCUAAAGCGAAUAGUUGGGACUGUUGUUCGAUCUGUUCAGGAUGAUCAGAAUGAACAAGAUAUCAAAACCAUGGAAGCGGAGGUACAUGCUUUAGAAGAGCUCUCGAAGCAACUAUUUUUAGAAGUUUAUGAGCUUCGCCAAGCUAAGGAAGCCGCUACUUAUUCUAGAACCUGGAAGGGUCACUUACAGAAUCUUUUGGGUUAUGUUUGUUCAGUUUAUUGUGUAUACAAAAUGAUAAAGGUAAUUUUGAGUUUUGCUGGUUCAGUUGAUCCUGUGACGAGAACAGUCAGCAUAUUUCUGCAGUUUUUUGACAUAGGCAUCAACGUGACUUUGUUAUCACAGUACAUUUCCCUUCUGUUCAUUGGGAUGCUGAUAGUAAUUUCUGUACGGGGAUUCUUAACGAAUUUGAUGAAGUUCUUUUUCGCUGUUUCGAGAGUUGGUAGUGGAUCCUCAAGCAAUGUUGUCCUUUUCCUCUCCGAAAUUAUGGGAAUGUAUUUUGUUUCCUCAAUAUUACUAAUUAGGAAAAGCUUGGCAACAGAAUACAGGAUGAUUAUUACAGAUGUACUGGGUGGUGAUAUUCAAUUCGACUUUUAUCACCGGUGGUUCGACGCGAUAUUUGUGGCGAGCGCUUUCCUUUCUCUGCUAUUGCUGUCUGCGCAUUACACGUCUCGUCAAGCGGACAAGCAUCCCAUAGAUUGA